CCCAUCAGACUUUAAAUUUCAAUAAAAAUCGUAACAUUGUUAUGGCCGACUUGCUGGUGGACAUGGACUACGCUAUAAUGACCAUCAACUCACAGAUAGUGUACAAGCCGACCAACCAACGUGAUGACCCAGAACCCGACAACGAUCGCGAAGUGUACGUGGGAAACCUGCCGCAGCACUACACCAUUGAGAAGUUCGUCAACUUUGCCAAAAAGUGUGGUUCAAUUUACAGUGUACGACUACUGAAAGGCAGUGGAGGCUUAAAUAAAGGUUUUGGUUAUAUAAUGUAUAGAAGUUUAGCUGCAGUUGAAAUUGCUAUCGACACGUACAACGGAACAUUUUUGACAGAAAGUGAUACUAAUAAGCCGCUGAUUGUACAAAAGAGCCUACGUAAUACAAUUAUGAUGAUUUAUGGACUAUCAAGAGGAAAUAACAAUAAAUACUACAUCAGAACUGAAAUUAAUUAUUUUGUGAUCAAUCAUCCAUCACUGUUGCUAAAGUUUGAAUGUGAAGAUGAUACGAAGUUGUUCAUAUCUUUUAAAUCAUUAAAAGCAGCACAAAUUUUUAAAAAAAAACUCAAAGAUACGUUUAAUUUGUAUGGAGCUAAAAUGUACUAUUUUAACGAUACAGAAAAUUGGGAAUUGGGACUGGACAUUACCGACCAACAGCUGAAGGAGCUGCGCGACAACGUGGACAAUGUGGACUUUGCGGCGGCGGCCGAAGAAGAGAAGCUUACCCGACACGACAUCAUGGCUCACGUUCACACGUAUGCCGCGUGUUGUCCGACCGCCGGACCCAUCAUUCACCUGGGCGCCACUUCGUGCGACAUCGGAGACAACGCCGACUUGAUAGUCAUAAGGGACGCUUUCGACAUACUGUUACCGAAACUGGCUGGUUGUGUGAAAACAUUGGGCGAAUUUGCGAAUGAACACAGGCAUUUGGCCACUUUGGGUUUUACUCACUUCCAACCGGCUCAACUCACCACAGUCGGCAAACGCGCUUGUCUCUGGUUACAAGAUUUGAUUUUGUGCGAAAAAAACAUAAGUCGUGUUCGUGCUGACCUCAAGUUUCGUGGUAUCAAAGGAACCACAGGCACCCAAGCGUCAUUUUUGCAACUUUUCAACGGUGACUACAAUAAAGUUAGAGAACUGGAUAAUAGGGUAACAAGGCUUGUCGGAUUCCCAGCUUCAUACUCCGUCACUGGUCAGACAUAUCCUCGAAUUGUUGAUGCAGAAGUUGUUUCGUCCUUAAGCAUUCUUGGGGCUGCUGCCCAUAAGUUGUGUACAGAUUUGAGGCUAUUGGCCGGUAUGAAUGAAAUUGGAGAACCUUUUGAACCCACUCAAAUAGGCUCAAGUGCUAUGGCUUAUAAACAAAAUCCAAUGAGAAGUGAAAGAGUUUGCUCUAUUGCUCGGUACCUAAUGAAUUUGGUUAACAACCCUUUAUCCACUGCCUCUGUACAGUGGUUAGAGCGAACAUUGGAUGAUAGUGCAAAUAGGCGAUUGUGUUUAUCAGAAGCAUUUUUGGCUGCAGACAGUAUAAUGCUGACAUUGCAAAAUAUCCUUGAAGGGUUAUCUGUAUUUCCUAAAGUGAUAUCAAGAAAUAUUGAGAAAGUUUUACCCUUUAUGGCGACAGAAAACAUAAUUAUUGCAAUGGUCAAAGUUGGAGGAGAUAGACAAGUGUGCCAUGAGAAAAUAAGAGUUUUAUCACUAGAGGCAGCCAGUACAGUCCGCCUAGAAGGUAAAGACAAUGAUCUUUUGGACAGAAUUGUGAAAGAUCCAUAUUUUGCACCAAUAUUAGAUCAGUUACCUCAUCUUUUAGAUCCAUCUACUUUUGUCGGGUCUGCACCUGAUCAGGUGGAACAUUUUCUAAGAGAAGAAGUACAGCCCGUGGUCAGCAAAUACAUUUCCAAGAUCAAAACUACAGCUACAAAACUGGAUAUCUAAAUCAAAAUGCUUUUUAUAUACCUAAUAAUAAUCUUCAUCAAAAAUUAGAAUUUAAAAUGUUUAUUCACUUAAAAUUAGUGGAUUUUCUGAUAAAUGAUAGCCUUUUGUUUUCAUAAUAUAAUUGAAUAUAUUUAAGGAAA